CGUAAAUAGCAUGUUUCAUAAUAACGUUAUAUCAUCUGUCGCAUUGCAAUGCUAUAUUUUCUUUUCACAUAAAUGCGAGAGUUACGUUUUUGACAAUUCGCUAGAUUUAAUAUGUACAGUGGACUUCUCCCGUCGGGUCUCAGUGAGGCUGAUCUGAGCUCGAAUGAAGAUGGUGAUGAAGGGGUAACAGAAGAAAGCAGACCAGGAGUGACAGAAAUAAACGAGCACGUAUCAUGUCAGUCAGUGACAGAGUCACACUCGACUUGUGUGCAGCUUGAAUGUAAGAACCCAACAACUCAUUUGCAGAAUGAUGCAUUUGGCGAUGACUGUCCUCCUGGAGUUUAUCUGGAUAAGUGGCAAAGAUUCAAAGAUCUCCAGAGAGCAAAAGAUGAUCAGAGGAUGAAGCAACCUCAAACAAAACGAGAAAGGAAAAAGCGCCAUAAAAAAGGUGGGACUCCAAAACAGAACUGCGAUACAGAGCAGAAAAGAGAGCCUGAAGAGAAACGGGAGGAGCACUGGAAGGAGCUCACGCAGUAUUUUGGCAUCAGUGAUAGAUUCAAGCCGCCUCCUUGUAGCAGGCCUCCUCUGAUGUCAGGCCUGGAAAAGAGCAUAGAGAGUGCCAUCGCUGAAGGGGACUAUGGGAAGGCGGACGAACUGAGUGACAGACUUGCUACUCGAGAGCUGGCCGUGAAAAUCGCACAAGCCGCCGAUUGCCGUGACUUCACCCGCACCAAACAGGAAGAGGAGGCUUCACGGGCAGCUCAAAAGAGGAGGAAACAAAUCACUUGGGGGUUUGAAGCAAAGAAAAGGUGGGAAACCAAAAGCAAUAUGGGAUUCAUGUGACAUCCACUACAGAUGAAAUAUGAAUAAUUGAUUAUAGAGGCAAUCUGUAAUUUCAUUGUCUCUUUUUAAUGCAUUAUUUUUGCAUUUAAAUAUCCUGUUUUUGUCUUCAACUGACAUCAGCUUUUCUGUUAUGUGGUCAUUCAUUCAGUUUUGUGGGUAAUUUUUUUUUUAAAAGAACUGAAUAAAUUCCAUAAACACACCAUUAUUGUUAGAUUGGUGUUUGUUAUUGUGUGUAUUUUUGUUCUUUUUCUUAUAAUUAAAUCUGGUGCACACAACUGCGCGCAGUAUUUAUAUACUGCAGUAAGUGGGUUAAUCAGCAGCUUUUUUUUCUUCCACGGAGGUAUGGAGUGAGAGAAGAGAAAGGAGAGAUUAGGAGCCUAAUGCAAUGUACAGGAUAAUAUGCAAUAGGAUUUGCCUGGGCAAAAUGAAAUUUGUCGGCUGUAAGGAGGUUUGAGCAGUCAUAAACGAGGAGUUUAGUCAGGCGCAGUGCAAAAUGACUGUGUGUGAAGAAGAAGGAACGAGAUGAGGAAACUGGGUGUAUGACACAGGCCUCAACCUAUGAUGUAUCUUUGACAGGGUUCCUGUGGGCAGUGCUCUUGAUUCUUACGAGCUGUCCGAAAAGAACCACUCAACUUGCACUUGGAAAAUAUGAACAUUAAUUUCAAUAUAUACAGUGGCCCUAAAAAGUGUGUGGUCACUUCUAGACUCUUAAUCCACACUUAAAUUGUAUAAAUGUCAUUGCAUUAGAUGACAAAAUAUAAUUCCAAGUUCUCUACAUUUUGAUUUAAAAUAAACUAACUAACUGGUCUCAAUGUCCAUUUUAAGAUGUUUGAAGUUCCCCUCAGGUGUCCUAGAAGAGUAACCACAGGUGUUGUUCAUCACAUAACUAUAGACAUGUUCAGCUAUGUUUGACAACCUGAAAGUUUUGAAAUACAUUUGGUCUUAAUUUUGGACAAUUGUUUUUAACAUUUGAAACCAAACAAACUUCUGUUAUUAAAAAGUGAGCAUGUAUCAAAAAAAUGCCAAUUGUUUUGAUAUUUUGUUAAAUAAUUUGAAGACAUUCAUAGAUUUUUAAGUGUGGCUUAAGAGUCCAAGAAUGAGUCUUUAAGAUGAGCACCUUCCUUUUCUAAACAGCCCUCCCACAUCCACGGCUCUGCUCGUAUCAGUGAGGUCAUUAGCGGGAAUGUGGAGGCUCACUCCCUUGAUUUAUGCUCUAUUGGCCUCCAGUGUUGACAUCUGUAAUUUUAGGUCUUUGACAUACCCACCCUGACAACAGCCAACUGACAACUGUAGCACAAACUUGUCAGUGCUGCCUUAAGGCAAGAGGUGUGGUUUCAGACCUGCCAGUUAACACGGAGACAUCUCAAUGAAGCACCUUUCUGUUGUAAAUGCCAUCUUUAAUAUAUCAGUCAAAUGCGGUUGUUAGAUCACAAGUAAAUGAAGUAUUGGAAGAUCACAGACAAAUGUAUUGCUUUCAAUGUUAUUCAACAUGUUUUAUGAAUAGAUUGAUGCCUUUUGGAAUUUAACUAAGUGAAUUUAUUCUGGAGCAUCUGGACAUUUUUAAAUAAAUGAUGGAUGAAAAAAGACAUACUGAUAUAAAUUCUCUUACAAUUCUCUUAAAUUCAGCAAAACAUUUUAUGAUGACCUGGAUGACAGAAUCUUCACAAAGUCUUGUUCGAUGUCUAAACAGUCAAUAUUUAAAUGUCAAAGUCUUGUUGUGCUUUGUUUAACACCCUGAAAAAGCUCAUUAAUUAUAGGAAGAAUUCUGCAAUAAAAUAAUUAAA